AUGGGCGCCCGGCCCUCGCGGCGGCGACGGCUGCCCGCGGAGCCGCCCAUAGCCUUGGACGCGCUGCCCCCGGAGCUGCUCGUGCAGGUGCUGAGCCACGUGCCCCCGCGCGCGUUGGUGAUGCGCUGCCGCCCGGUGUGCCGCGCCUGGCGCGACGUGGUGGACGGGCCCACCGUCUGGCUGCUGCAGCUGGCCCGCGACCGCAGCGCGGAGGGCCGCGCCCUCUAUGCGGUGGCCCAGCGCUGCCCGCCCAACAGCGAGGAUGAGGAGGAGUUCCCGCUCUGCGCCCUGGCGCGCUACUGUCUGAGGGCGCCGCUAGGCCGCAACCUCAUCUUCAACUCCUGCGGAGAGCAGGGCUUCAGAGGCUGGGAGGUGGAGCACGGCGGGAAUGGCUGGGCCGUGGAAAAGAACCUCAUAAUGAUGCCGGGAGCUCCUUCCCAGACCUGCUUCGUGACUUCGUUCGAAUGGUGCUUUAAGAGGCAGCUUGUGGACUUGGUGAUGGAAGGGGUGUGGCAGGAGUUGCUCGACAGCGCCCAGAUCGAGAUCUGUGUGGCCGACUGGUGGGGUGCUCGGGAGAACUGCGGCUGCAUCUACCGGCUUCGGGUCCGCCUCCUGGACGUGUAUGAAAAUGAAGUGGUCAAGUUCUCGGCCUCACCCAACCCGGUCCUUCAGUGGACUGAGAGAGGCUGCCGACAGGUCUCCCACGUCUUUACCAACUUUGGCAAGGGUAUCCGCUACGUGUCUUUUGAGCAGUAUGGAAGAGACACGCGUUCCUGGGUGGGGCACUAUGGCACCCUUGUGACCCACUCCAGUGUGAGGGUCAGGAUCCGCCUGUCCUAG